GCGCGGGCGGCCGGGGCAGUCUCGCAGCCAGCGAGCCGGGCGCGCAGCCGCCCACUUGCGCUGUGCCCGCCCCAGCCGAACCCGGCCCCGGCGGGAGCCGAACAGAGAGCGGGGAUCGCGAGCCCCGGCCAGAGCGAGCGCGCGCGGCCGCCGCCGUGUCGGCACCUGGAGGACAUGGAGGCUGACAAAGGUGUGAAGGCUGAGGAAGAAAGCAUUUAUCUGUGCCACUCCGGGCUCACUCACUUGAGACUUAACACAAUUCUCAUGGAGAGGCCGGCAGAGACCAAUGCCAAUGUGGACAACUCGGCGCCCCCCUCGGUGGCCCAGCUGGCCGGGCGAUUCAGGGAGCAGGCAGCCGCCGCAAAGGAGACACCAGCCAGUAAACCAACAAGAAGGAAACCGCCCUGCUCCCUCUCUCUGUUCCCUCCCAGGGUAGAGCUGGGCCAGAAUGGUGAAGAGAAGUCACCGCCCAAUGCAAACCACCCUCCUAAAGUCAAGGUGAAGAGCUCGCCUCUGAUCGAGAAGCUCCAGGCCAAUUUAGUCUUUGAUCCAGCGGCCCUGCUGCCUGGGGCCUCACCCAAGAGUCCCGGACUCAAGGCCAUGGUGUCACCGUUUCACAGCCCGCCUUCUACCCCCAGCAGCCCUGGCGUGCGGUCUCGGGCCAGCGAGCCAGAGGAGGUGCCCGUCAGCUUUGACCAGCCUCCUGAAGGCAGUCAUCUGCCCUCUUACAAUAAGGUGCGGACAAGGGGCUCCAUAAAAAGGCGCCCUCCCUCCAGGCGAUUCCGAAGGUCCCAGUCGGAGGACUGUGCGGACCUGGGGGAGCUCAGGGCCGUGGAGUCCUCCCAGGAGAAUGGUGCCAAGGAAGAGAAUGGGGACGAGGUGUUCCUAGCUAAGAGCAAGACCCCAGGAUCCCCUCCUCUGAGGAGGACGCCCAGCAGGACAGAGAAGCAGGAGGAGAAGGGCAGGGCCUUGAGGGUAGCCCAGCAGCACGAGAAGGCCGUGGGGAGCUCCGAGGAGGGGGCCAGCCAGCGUCCAGCCCGAGCCUCCAGCCCAGAGGCAGAGGACGGGGGUGGGAGCCCCACGGAGGAGAAACCGGCUGAGGAGCAGACAGAAGAGCCUGCGGAGGUGAAGGAGAGGGCGGCCGCUGAAGGGGCGGAGCCCGGACAAAGGAGCCGAGAUACAAAGGGGCUGGAGGAGGGAGCUGUGGGGGACGAGACCCCCCAAAACCCCGCUGGAGGAGGCGAGGGCGACCACAGUCCUGAGCAGGGGGCUGGCAAGGAAAAGCACGAUGAGGGGACCAUCCUCGAGCCAGGCUGUGACCCUGGCACUGGCCACGCCCAGCCGGACGCCAGCAGUGAGGUCCCCAAGACGGAGGAUAAUACCCCUGUCCAGGACACUAAAAUGUGAAGAAGAUCUCACUGUGCCUAGUGAUGAAGCUGCUGGAGCCGUGUCCUUGAAGUAGCAGCAAUGAUCGUAGCGGCAGCAAAGGAAGCCAUCGCAGGAGCAGGAUGGGCUGAGGGUCUGGAGUCAGCCUGAGGACACAGGGUGCAAUUUCCCGACCUCCGCACCAUCGUAGACAGAGAUUGGAUCUGAGGGCAGCAGACUUUUAUCAACUUGAUCAAAGUUGUGUCACUUGAUGAACUUGGUUUAAAAAAAAAACAAAAAAACUUAUUUAAAACAAUUUACUGUGGUGACAACUCCCCAGGGAUGCUGGUCAAACUAUGGGGCCCAUAUACUGUCCACACCCACCUAACCCUAUAGCUGACCUCAGAACUGGACUGGGAUAUACCUAUUCGGCUUGUGUUUGUGUAAGGUGACAGCCUUUUUAUUGUUCUUAAGUUUUCAUGAUUCUCAAGUGUAAGUAAAAACUCAUUGCAAGUAGCUAGAAACAAAGUAGUAUCACUGGAAAUAUAAAUCCUGUAAGUUACAGAAGACCUUAAAUUGUAUGGAGACCCUGAGACAACCUUUCAGCUUGGUUCAAAUUUGACUGGCCAACCAGUUUUGAAAACAUUGGACGAGAAGAGAUAAUUAUUGAAACAUUAAAAAAUAUGUGUCUGUUCCAGCAACAGGAGCUUUUCCAUCAGGUAAUUCUCUAGCUGGUGAUACACUGGGAGGCGACCAGCUCAGCUCACCUGCUUCUGCCAGGGGAAGAGCAGGCAGAGGCAGGCAGUGACUCCUUUGGAGAGGCAGGAUGUCUCUGUGCUGCAUUUCCUCAUCCUGAAAGCAGAGCGGUGACCCCUGGACAAUGCCUGCCCUCUGGUUUAUCCUGGGAGGAUGAAAGUUGUGCUUCCAGAGGGGGAGCCUCGAGCAUGGAUUAGACAUCUCCUGGGAAGUGCUUUGAGCGUCGUGAUGUGCAAGCUACAUAAUGAGAACAGCCUUCCUGGCUUCCCUGACUUGAAUGGAAACCCAGGCUCUCCUCCCUGACUCAGGAGGGGUGGGGUGGUUCUUCUGUCUGUUCCUCCUGGGUAGCUCUUGCUUUAUCGGUCUGUUUGGAGAGUGCAUGCGGCUUCGCCGGGGACAGGGGGCCUGACGACCCCUUCCUUGACGUAUCCUCUCCCUUCUUCCCACACUCCUGCUGAAAGAUGCUCAUCCAAAUAAAUGUUUAAUCUUAAGGGUUGGCCCUUAUUCAGAUUUGAGUAUUUCAGUAUCUCAACAUGCUGAUUUGGUAGUUGGAGCAGUCGUUUUUCUGGAGGUCUCUUAGACCACACUCUACUCUGACUUCAGAAAGUAGUUUCCCAGACUAAAAGGCCCUAUCUCACUGCUGGUACCUCAGUUUAUCACCCCAUUUACAGUUUUUCUACCUCCAGGAUAGUGUUAAUAUUGGGGAUAUAUAUUUUUUCAAAAACUAUUUUUAAAUCAAAUGCAGCUUCUAAGCCUUGUAAUCUAGUGAAGACUGAUACCAUAAUAAGCUUUGUAUUUUAGCAGAGUUUGGGAGAUAUGUGUGUCAGUUAUUUUGAGAUCUGUAUAAUAUCUAUCAUCGAUCUAAUCUAUCAUCUAUCUGUCUAUUGACAGAGAUGUAUACCCCCUAAACAAUACAUGGAUUUAUUUA